AUGAGUGCCUUGUUGCGAGUUACUUCUCAAUCUGAAGGUGAAAACAAUUUCUUUUGUCAUUUUACAAAUCCACAUGUCACUUUAGUUGAGUUUGCUCUACGUUAUGAUAGCGCGCUUGAUGCCCAGAGAUAUGAACAAGAUGAGUUGGUUAAGAAAUCCAAAAAUCUUCCUUCACUUGUUAAUCCUUUACAAUUAGAAAAGCAUGCAUCGUUGUUUUAUACACACGCACUUUUUUAUGAAUUUCAACAAGAGUGUGAGGCAGCAUGUUUUGCAUGUGGUAUAGAGAGUUGCAAUUCAUGUUAUGGUGAUGGUGAAGAGUUUUCUGUUGUUUAUGAUAAUGAGAGGCGCAAGAAUUAUGUUGUUAUUUUUGACACGAGUUCUAAUGAUAGUACAUGCAGUUGUAGAAAGUUUGAGAGUGAAGGGAUAUUGUGUAGACAUAUCUUGUUUAUAAUGAAGGGCAAGUUCUUAUGUGAAAUUCCAUCUAAAUAUUUGUUGCGUCGUUGGUCAAAAGAUGCCCUUAAGCAACCAAUGUCUAAUUUCGAAGAGGACACAGAAGAUCAUUUGUUUGAAUUGGUUGAGAAAUUAAGUGUGUUUGAGGAGGAAUUGAAGAAAAAGAAGUGUGGUGAAGGCGAGGCAACUAGGAAAGAUCAAACUGCUUCUGAUGCUGAUAUACUUGAGCUACUUGUUGGCUCAAAGUAUGGGGAGGUUGAUGUUCUCCCUCCUAAUGUUUGUCUUACCAAGGGAUCUGGAAGAAGUUUCAAGAGGCUAAAGAGUGCGAAAGAGAAAGCAGUUGAAGUAAAUACCACUGCAAAGAAGGGACGUACAUGCAAAGCUUGUGGCCAGUCAGGGGAUCUUAGGAUGAACCAAGUCCAACCAAAUGACAGUGGGUACUGCUGA